UACAAGAGGACACAGCUGGGGGAAGGGAGUGGAGAUGAUCGGGGGUUCCUGCAAACAUUCUGUUAUAUGACGUUUUGUAGGUCUUUAUUUCCAUCGCAUGGGACUUUGUGUAAACUUACCGUUGUUAUUGUUUGUGUUAUGAUUAUUAAUCUUACAAGGGCAGAGAGAUGGUUUGAAUGGAGCAGUGCAGACCUUCCAACUGAGAGUCAGCUUGGUCCUUGAAAGUGCUUCUGUGGUGGUUGAAGAGCGAAAUUAAAUUCCCCUGACUGGUAUUGUCUUUCCAUCUUUGAGUCAUCUGAAAUCAAUGACCCUGCAUCCAGUGGACACCAUGAAUGCCUCAGUUCCCACACUCACCAACCACACCCCAAUCUGCUACUCCAUAAACAGCCCUCCAUUUAGCUACCGCCCCACCAUAGCCUCAUCCAACUUUUCAAUCAUCUUCGCCACUCUGGGACUCACCUCCAAUCUCAUCGCCUUCAUAGUUCUCCUCAAGUCCUUUCGGCAGACACGCAGCCGCUCUCGCUCCUUUUUCCUGAUCUUCCUGGGCGGCCUGGUGGUCACUGACUUCAUGGGUCUUCUGGUCACAGGAUCCAUCGUGAUCUCAUUCCAUUUAACGCACUUUAAUUGGCGAAAUGUAGACCCUAACUGCCACUUCUGCAACUUCAUGGGCAUGUCCAUGGUCUUCUACGGACUGUGCCCCCUGCUGCUUGGUGCUGCCAUGGCAGUGGAGCGCUUCACUGGCAUCAACUGUCCAUUUGCACACUCCACCAGGAUGCCCAAGGGCCGGACAAUCUCCAUGGUGCUGAUGGUGUGGUUGAUUGCUGGCUGCAUUGCAUUGCUGCCCCUAACAGGUAUUGGGAGCUACCAUAUCCAAUUGCCCGGCUCCUGGUGUUUUUUCAACAUCAGCUCUGAUGGAAAUGACCUGGUUUUCUCUCUCAUCUUCUCACUGGUCGGGCUGAUUUCAAUCGCUGUAUCAUUUUUGCUAAACACGGUGAGCGUGGUGACCCUAAUAAAGGUGUGCUGCGGACAGGCCAGGAUCCAGCGGCGCCGAGACCAUGAAGUGGAGAUGAUGGUUCAGCUCAUCCUGAUCAUGGUCAUUGCUUCUAUCUGCUGGUGUCCCCUCCUGGUCUUUAUUGCGCAAACUGUGCUGUCCGGAGCCAAACUCCAGGUGAAAUACCUGCUGCUAUGGAUACGCUUCGCCACGUGGAACCAGAUCCUGGACCCGUGGGUAUACAUCCUGUUUCGCAGGGCUGUUUUUAAGAGAAUCUACCCCCGCUUCAACUGGUCCCGGGGCUCCAUCAUGACCUUGUACCCAUCUUUCAGCGAAACUAUGCGCAGAUUCACACGUUCUUCACUGGGGAGCGCCCUGGGAUCAGAUGACACCACAGAGACAGGGAAAUCAAAUGUGACGCCCCCAUCUACCUUGAAGCAGCCACCUCCAUCUUCAUGAUUGGUUGUAUUUGAGUUGUUGUUGCAGCAGAAUGAGGGACGUCAUCAGGUUCACAGAAUGUCUUGGACUGUUUCUAAUCUCUGAUCAGUUUUCAUGUCCACUAUGACAAGGAUAAAAUGCAAGAUUGCACUAAUAAUCUGAAAGGAUUAUGUUAUUUCUCACCAUUGAAAGGAUUUUCAGUAUUAGGGGCAACCUGCAAUCAAACCUGUAAUCUGUCACUGAAAACAAUCACUUUAACCACUCUACUUUGCACUGAAGUCAGCUAAGGCACCUUUGAAGCUAUCUAACUGCACUGUCCUUUCCACAUGCAUUGUUCCAUCAAGUGUUUUAAUGACAUUUGAGUUUUAAACACUGUAUUACAGUAGGCAGGGGCAAUCUAUGGUCAUUCAGGUGAUUGUUUUAAUGUGAUGCUUCAUUCUGGUGCAACAUUAUGGCUUUCAAGCACAUGUACUUUCCUCAGAUGCACAAAAGACCCAGAAGAAUUAUAUGCCGUAACUGUGUUUUCAGGCUCAUGCUAAUAACUGUUCCUGUACUGUUCCCUUUUUGAAAGUAUUUAAAUUAACAUUUUUGGGGGAACCUUUUAAUGUUGAACAUGGCAGUGGAACAGAGGAUUUCAAGAGCAUCAAACCCUGAGAACUGAGUGUUUUUUUUUUUCACAGUUAACUUCAGAAAUCACAUCAUAUAUGUAAUAACAGUAUUUCAGAUAUAUUAUUUUGCAUGAAUGACAUAUCUAGAUCAAUAGAGGAAAAUUCCAAACUGCUGCAUAAAUUAUGUUGAAGUUUGAUAUUUAGCAAAACUGAUAUAAGAAGAAAGCAUAACUAUUUUAAGUGCACCUAUCAUCUUUGGUAAUGUUAUACAAAUACAUCAUAUUAUGAGUUUAAUAUAUUACUUGUUUCAAAAGCAGUGUCGCCACUUUACUGAGUCUCAUUCACUUGUUCACUGUGUCUCCUGUGUGAUUUUAUUUUCCUAAUUGGUCAUUUCAGACAUAGCUUACAUAGGUUUUGAGUUGCCCACCUUUGAGACUGAAAGUUAAUGGAAUAUCAUUUAUGCUGUUUAAAAAAUGAAAAGUGAGAUUUUAAGUAAGUGAGCAACGUUAAGUGUAAGCGUAUACAGGGGCAAGUGUGAAAAUACUUGUGUGUAGCUUUUGUAAAUCGGGUGAACUGACCAUUUAAAAAUGGACUCAUGGGUUUAUGUUGUUUCAAUCGAGUGAAUGAUCAGGUAUGCUAAAAAGAAUUUAAAUACAAUAUUUCUGGAGAAAGUACAGUAAUUCUGAACUAUCAUACAAUAAAGCUAAAUUGGUAAAUGUGUUUACUUACCUUGGUUUUAAGUUAGGAGGGUUUUACUAAGGCAAAUAUUUCUUGGACCCAGAGUUCCUCAGGAGGUAGACAAUUUCAAAAUAAUAAUUUUUAGGGAGGCAAAAUUGGACUAAGACUCGGCUUUGCUAGCAAAUAAGGCCAGUACAUAAUAUUAAUAUGGUUUCAUAAUACCAGAAACCUUCCUCUCUUUCCACUUGCCUCUAUUCUGGGCCUCAGUCCAGUGCUAGUAAACUGUUGUUAUUCCUUCCUCCAGAGCAUCUCUGCCUCUCAGAGAUGUUUAACUAAAAUGUCAAGUUGCUAUCUACUGAGAGGGUGUUUGUAAUAAGAAUGUUUACAGAGUGCUGCAGGAUUGAUUUGUUAGAUAAUUCAAAUUCAGCUUGAUAAUUUGGGCAAUGUCCUGACAAACAUUUUAGCUAAAUUGUAAUAUUUUUCUGAAAAUUACCUCCUUUUUAUCAUUUGUUACACUACUUGAUUACUUAUUCAGUCACCCAGCUAUGCACACUGAUCCUGCACCUGUUUUGAACAUCGUAUUAUCACUGAUAGCUGUCUGACUGUCACUCAAUUACUGAGCAAAUUGACCUUAACCAGUCACUGAUAAUGGAUGAGAUGUGUCUUGUUUUAACUCUUUAGCAGUAUCAUCCAAUCAAAAUUAAGUGUAAAUAUUAAGUGUGCUGGACCUAAAUGGCAUGUGAUUGUACCAUAUAAAUAAAGGAUUAGUAAAAUGGA